CGCGACUCCGGAAUCGACGGGUCACACGUGUGUGUUAUGUUGCUGUGGGGAUAUUUAUUUCUUUUCUAAACUUUUUUUUUUAACGUUACUUGCUUUGAUACAAAGAUCAAGUCAUGGUUGCGAAGAAGAAAGCACCUAAAGUGGAGGCUGUAGCUUUGAAUGAUGUCCAGCUGAGGAGCCUGACAGAUUCCCUGUCUGUGGAGGGGGACAGCAGAUCCGCAGAGCUUGCUCAGGUCCUGAAGGACAGUUUAUCCUCCUCUGACCCGGUUGAGCAGAUCCAGCUCAUCUCUAAGGCAGGCUUCCUAUUGGAGCAGCUGAGAGAGGAUGAGUGCCCUGUCGGUCCUUUGCUGCAGGCUUGCCUGAGCACACUAGCGUUCCUGUUCACCACACUGCCGGCUAAAAACCCGCUUAAGAGAGCCGUCGCAAGCGCACUAGGAAGUGGCCCGGAUUGGCUGCGGGAGCAGGCGGUUGGCUGUCUGUCUGCGAGCCUGUCUUCCUCUCUCUCCUCUACGAGCUCAGAUCACUGCUCACACUUAACAGAUAGCAUUACUUCCUGUCUGGAUGGCUUUAAAAUGGGUGAGGAAUGUGUUCACCGUUUGCUAACAGAAGUCCUCCAGUUCUUCCAAAGGGAUUUGAGUUCUUACGUGGAGCAAAACAGGGGUUUGUCUGGUCGUCACGUGGCCCAGGCUCAGCUGAUGCAGUCAUGUCUGGCAGCGGUGAAGGCCUCAAUGCUGGUGCUCCAGAGGUCUCAGGAACCCAUCGGUGCUGCCGUGUUUUCAGCUUCAGAUGACCGAUCUGAUCUACAUCGGGCUCUCGGUGGACUGCUCAGCUGCUAUACGUCUAUCUUGACUGAUGAGGAGUUUGUUCAGACGGUCCAGAGCACUGCCGGGAUGGCCGUGGUUUUGCUCAUUAGAUCCAUUAUGGGCGAUGGAGAUGAUGUACCCGUCAUAGUUGCGGGUCUCCUGCAGUGUUCGGUGGACGCGGGCAGCAUCGCCUCCCAGUGGCUGAGACAGAGCUGCGCAGGGCUGUAUGAGAGCGGCAGGCCUGCGGCGGUGGCUCUGUAUCUGAGUCAUGGAGCUCUGGCUAUGCUCAGCUGGAGAGGAGCGACCCUUGGGCCACAGGCCGAGAAACUGCUGCUGCUCAUACCCGAAGUGCUCCUGUCUCUAGAUACAAGAGUGAAGGAGUCCAGUACGGUGAUGGUAGUGGCUCGGGUUCUGACCCUUUGGAGUGGAGCUGCGGUUGACUGCGUCCAGGUGGACGAAUGUCCCCAGCUCUUUCGCUCGUCUCUAAUCGGAGGCUCUUCUCUAAUUACACGCCUUCACCACCACAUCUACGCUCACUGGGAGCACCCUCUAGACGGGGUCCGGCACCAGACGCGCUCCUUGUUCCAGAACCUCCUCACUCUCCACCAGCACUGCAGUGACCACAGGUCCGAUCCCGCCGCUGACCCAUACAUCGCCCAGCUCACCCGCGACCUUCUGACUCUGGAGUGGCAUAUGAAAGGAAAGUACGGCACGCUGGGCUGCCUGGUGGAGCAUUUGGGAGCGGAGUAUUUACUAGAGCUUGACUGUGGACUGCCGUCCAGGCUGCUGGGUCUGAUGGGGGAUCAGACGAUGGCACCCUACGCCGGCGACCUUCUUGAGAAGCUGUUUGUCAGCCAUAAGGCCCAGCUGUGUGCACGGUUUCGGGACAGGGAUGCCUGGAUAGAUGGGUGGCAUGCAGUUUGGGUGAGGCCUCUGCUGCAGGUACUGUGCACAGCCCGAUUGGAUCAAACCACUUAUAUACUGGACUACUUCCUGCCCAAACUGCUACGCUGCGACCCCUCCAGCCUCAGCCACAUGGUACAAGCCCUGCAGGAGAUGCCAGCUUGCACUGAGGGGUCAGCUGGCAGCAGAGGUGCGUUGGGGGCUCUGAUGACGUGUCUGCGUGCCGCCCGCUCUCAGGGUGUUCUCAGCUCCGUGGAGGAGGAAUUAUGGGAUGGCCUGGUGCCGCUUCCACUAAUACGACAGGCUCUGGUGCACAAACACGAUCAGGUGCGAAUGGAUGCUCUGGGUUUGGUAUGCGAGAGCCAUCGCAGCACAGAAACUCUGUCCAGACAGGAAAUGGAGCUGAUCCGCCACUUCCUGCCCUUCAAUCUAAACAGUCAGUCGCCGGGAGUCAGACAGCAGACUGUCAGCCUGUUAAAGAAGCUCUUGUGUCGGGUGAAGGACAGCGCUCAGCUGCUGCAAAAGAAACUGGACCAACAUCACAACCGCAAAGACCAGGAGGUUUUCAACAUGUACCAGGAGUUUCUGCGUUGGUUCUGUGAGACUCUGUUCCAGGUGUUUCACCCAGGAGCCUCGUUCUCCAGGUGUCUGAUGGCUCUGCACCUGCUGGGGCUGAUCUCCGAGCAUUUCACCUUUAACACGGGCUCUGGUUUUGCUCUUGGAGAGUCAGUGAGUUUUUCUCAGGCUCAAGCCGUGCUGUACUGCCUUGCAAGCAACUUUCUUGAAGUCAAACACCUCGCCUGCAGCCUCUUACAAAAACUGCCCCCCGCUGCAGUGCGACUCCAGGAGCCGGAGAGGCUGCGGUCUUUGCUUCAGGUCGCUCUGGACCUCAGCACCAGCACCAAACCCUUCGACAGCGUCACUGCUGCUCAUCUUCUCAAUCUGCUGCUGCACCAGCCGGGUUUGCAAGAUGCGUUACUCGGCUGUAUCCAGAAGCAGCACAUCCCUGUCCAUCCAGCCCUGAUCCAGUCCCAGACUCGGGCAUCCUGUCUGGAGCAGAACACCCUGGCAGUGGUGCAGUGUCUGAUGGUGUGUCUGAAAGAAGAGGUUAUGAAGGCCGAGUCGUCUCUUCUGCAGGCCGCUGCUUCCUAUCCUUUAUAUGGCAGAGCCCACUGCAUCACUGCAGUCCUGCAGCAGCUCAACACUGGGUCACUCGUACUGCUGUCUGAGUGGAGGGCCGUUGUGUCAGAGCUCAUAGGCCUGUGCUACAGGAUGUCUGAUGUGGUGUCACCUGUGGUUCAGAGCUCUUCCCCCGAGGGCCUCAUUCCCAUGGAUACAGAGUCUGAGACCUCUGCUGGCCUUCAGAAGAUCCUGCAGGAGAUUCAACCUCGUGACACAAACGAUUUUUUCACUAGUGCCAGAGAGCUGGACUCCAGUGAGAGCGACCCUAACAGCCAACAGAAAGAGACCGAGAACGCAGUUCAUAAACCACAACCUUGUGUCAGCGGUGGCGGUGAUGGAGAGGCCUAUCGAGUCACCGCUCAGAUGGUGCUGGUGUGUUGCUGGAGGACCAUGAAAGAGGUGUCCAUGUUGCUGGGUCAUCUGUGUCAGAGCAUGCCGCUGCUCUGUCCUCUCGCACACGCCGACGGCGGAGGACUCAUCUCAGAAGACCAGGUGGAAGGUGUGGGGAAGUACUUUCGGGAGCAGCUGCUGCAGUCUCGUCACAGGGGGGCGUUUGAACUGGCCUACGUGGGCUUUGUUCGGCUCACUGAGAUGCUGUGCAGAUUGCUUCGAAAACUGUGGAUAAUAUCACGGCAGAGAAAACAUAAACAGAAAUGUCUGCGAGACACUGGGAACCACAGAAACUUGGAUACCAGCGGUGCUGGGAGUAAAUGUCUUGUUCAGAAUUCCACAACAAGGUUGUGUGUGUGUGUGUGUGUGUGUGUGUGUGUGUGUGUGUGUGUUAGGAGUGGGAGCGCAACGCUCCAGCAGCUGCCAGCACACUGGCUGAAGGAGGUUCUUGAAGAAGUGAGAUCCAGUGACCCCUCCUCCAAACUGUGUGCCACCCGCCGCAGUGCAGGAAUACCCUUCUAUAUCCAGGCCCUGCUGUCCUCUGAACCCAAAUCUUCCAGCUGUGGACUCCUGAAGAUGACCAUGAGAUCUCUGACGGCUUUGGCAAUGCCCUCUAAUGAUGGAGAUACUGAGAGCAGCUCUGUGCCGCAGGUCCACGCUCUGAACAUCCUGAGGGCUUUGUAUCGAGACACGCGUCUGGGGGAGAACAUUGUGCCGUUCGUGUCAGAGGGCAUGCAAGCCGCUAUCCUGGGUUUCACUUCUCCCGUGUGGGCAGUGAGGAACUCCUCGACUCUCCUCUUCAGCACUCUGAUUACGCGGAUAUUCGGGGUAAAGAAGGGAAAAGAUGAGCACUCCAAAAAGAACAGAAUGACCGGUCGAGAGUUCUUCACUCGUUUCCCUGCCCUCUACCCCUUCCUCCUCAGUCAGCUACAGGAAGCCGCAGCCUCUGUGAACAGUGAUUCAGGGCAGGUGAAGCUGCACCCCAGUCUUUUCCUGUUGCUGUUGGUUUUGGGUCGUCUCUACCCGUCUCCUAUGGAUGGGUCAUCAUCUCCUCUGGGAUUAGCUCCCUUUAUGCCCUUAAUCAUCAGGUGUGGUCGUUCUGCGGUGUUCCGCACACGUGAAAUGGCCGCGAGAGCCCUGGUUCCGUUCGUCCUGGUGACCCAAGUUCCCUCCACCAUCCGGACUCUCCUGGAGGAGCUGCCUCAAGAACGAGGACCAGGACUCCAACAAAACCACAUCCAUGGAACACUGCUUCAGGUGCUGUCACUGUUAAGGUCCUACCUGGCGGACACACACAGACCCCAGUCUGGAAGUGAGCGGGCCUGUGACCUCUCCGGUGCCCUUUUUCCACGGCUGUGGCUCGCCUCAAGGCAGAAUCCAUGUCUGGUAACACGUGGUGCGUUUCUAGACUUGCUGGGUUGUCUUUGUGGCUGCCUUCCUGUUCCUGUAUCAGAGUCACAGCUGAAGAAACUGCGCGAGGAAACCCUGCAGAUUCUUAUGGCCUCUGAACUUGUGGCCUCUCAGGGGCCCGAUGACAUGAACCUCUCAGUCCCUGGAGCCACGCAGUACCUGCAGAGUCUGGCUCACAUAGCCGUCAGUGUCUCUGUGGAAUCACCUCACCUGUGGGAUUGUCCAGAGUCUGUCAGGUUUCAGAGAGAGCUUCUGGAGCGACUGUUGCGGUGUCCGCAUUACGAGGUUCGGCUGUUUGCUCUGGAUCGGCUCCUCAAGAGACUCCAGAAGACGGAGGAAGAGUCUGAGCGACCCUUGCCCUUUGACCUUAGUGUUUCCAGCCUAACCUCCCUGGCCCUUCAUGAGACUUACCCUGGGUGUCAAGCCAAGGUUUUGCAGGUUCUCGCUGUCCUCCCGCUUUCUUCGCUGCUGCCCUGGAGAGACGGGAUGACGUCUUUGAGCUGUCUGGAGGUUCUUGAGCAUCUCCUCACACUGCUGGAAACCUCUACACGCAGCGUGGAGCUCUACUGUGCCGCUCUCUCUCUAGCAUCUCAGCUGGUGCUGCACCUGGCCGAGUCGACGCCGCAGCAGGCUGCAGUGGACUCCCUGAGUAGAUGGGUGGCGCUGGUCGAGCAGGGCUGUGCUGAGGAUCAACCCGCAGAAGUCAAGCUCACGUCAGCAGAGGUGCUGGUGAAGGCCGUCCCCACCUUACUGACGGCUCCAGCCCUGCCUCUGGGUAUCACACACACUGUUGCAUUAUGGAAGAGCCUGUUUACAUUAUUACAGGAUGAAGACCAGGACGUCAGAGACGGAGCAGCUGACUUCACCUGCUACAUACCAGCCCAUUUACACAACACAGGCGUUUCCACUGGUGCCGUCUCUCCUCCGGUUGCCCUGGAGAUGGGGGUGGGUCUUUUGUGCCAGCUGUUCCAGGUGUGGGGCCAGGUGGCUGCUGGGAUGGUCGACCUGAUACAGUGGCUCCUGGGAGAUCAACAAUCGGAAACAAGGUGUGAAGAGUCACUGGACUUGGACGAGGAGUUCCUCUUUGAGAAGGGAGAUCUCAACCUGUGGGCGGAGCCUUUGUCGUGGGCACGGAUGUUGCACGGACACCUCUCUGUCCUCGUAAGAGCGACCCGUUCACCCGAUGCAAGCUCUGCAGAACUGGACAGACUAUCAGCCGUCGCGAAGAGCAACGCCCUGGCGGCUCAGCGUUCGAUGUCAGCCCUCCCUGCGCUGCCCCAGUUUGCAGCCACCGUCGAGUACGCCAAGAUAUCGCUGCUGAAAGAGAGAACGUCGCUCGCCCAGAACCUUCUAGAUGCACGCAGACCUGCUUAGAAGACCGUGAAAGCUUUCGAAGCGCUUUUCCUCUUUUAAGAGCUGAACUGCACGCAGGCAUGACCACGUUUUUUUUUUUUUUUUUUAUUCAAAUAAAGUUUAUUACAUUCAUUUAACUGCGGGGUAAC